AAGGAGAAGGACAUUGCUGGCACGAGCAAAUCAUCAGCUAGAAGUGCAGCUGAGAAAACGUCAAGUUCAACAAGUGCACCCCUCAAGGCCAAGCAAACGACAAAAGGCAAAAAGAGAAAGGAAGUUCCCCUCCUCGGUGCUCAGCCCAAACAAUCGAUCCCAGCACUCAAAGUGCUUAAUGUUCCCAAGCUGUACCAGGAACAUCAUGGUGGUAUCGAUAUGGAAGAAGCUGCAAGGCUAGCGGCUGCUUGUUCAGUUACCGUGGAGGAAUUGCUGUCUGCAUCAGAUGCUGCAAUACCCACUGCUGAUAUAGCUCCUAAAUUUGUCUACGGGGCCAACUUGGUCAGCAGAGAGCAGCUGCAUAAACUGCCAACACAUAUGCGGAAUUUGCAUCAGUGGUACCUUGAUGCAUGCAAGGAGAACAAAAUGUACAUCGUGGCGAGUAUACCAUGGGAAUAUUACUACCGAAAGGAGGAGAUCCAUAUUGAGAUGAAUGAACUCUGGCAGUUAUUCAAUCUAGAAGCCCUCGACAAAUCUCUCAUGAGUUGCUAUUGCUUACUGAAGAUCAGUGAAUGCAAAAGUAAUAAUAUUAUCAAUGUUGGGUUUGUUGACCCAGAUAAAAUACAUGUUGAAACGGUGAAGCAUAAACGCGAAGAAACGGGGGGGAAACCUACUAAGGUUUUUGGGGCAGCAAUAUUUCUGUGAUUCAAUAUUGUUUCCUUACAACUACGAGUGAGAGUCUUAAUGAUCUUUUAUGCACAUUCAAUUUUUCUUACUCGAUGUUAAGUGUAAUUCCUGACGUCUAUGCAUAACAUGUGCAGCUUCCACUGGAUUCUACUAGACAUUCAACCUGAUAAGGGAGUAGUUGAAGUAAAAGACCCACUGAGUAGAGGCCUGGACGGGUUCCAGGACUUGCAGAAGUUGCUCCAAGUGUAAUUUCCUUCAUCGCCGCGCUUUAUCUUUCGUGAGAUAUCAAUUAAUUAUCCACUCAUUCAAUCAUUCUUUUGCCUGGCAGGGCUUGGCAAGCUUUGAAGAA